AGAACACUCGGGAAUCACCUCGACAGGAUCUUUGUUUUCUUCUAUGGAGUUGGUGAUUCCUGAUUGAUCUACAAAGUUCUUCCGCACCUAUAUAUAUAUGCAUGCAGCGAUCUUCCAAUCCAAUCGAGUUUGCAAGUUGAAGUAAUUGUGUAUUUUCUGGAAGUAUUAUCUCAUGGCGGCUAAAGCAUUAGUUUCCACUCCAUUUGCAGCUAACGGCCUCGUCGGAGCAACGACGAGAGCUUGCCGUGGGCCUUGCUCUGUGUUUUUUCCUUCUCGAAGGAAAUUAUGCCUUGUUACGGCUCAGGCCACCGGAGAUAACAAAGACACUGCGGUGGACGUGCAUCAUGUCGGCGGUGGUAGCGGCAGCAACAACCAGAGCACCGCCGUGGAAAGGCGACCGCGUAGGGUCGGGCUCGACGUAUCCCCUUUCGGCUUGCUCGACACGCUAACGCCAAUGCGAUCGAUGCGCCAAAUGCUGGACACAAUGGACCGAAUAUUCGAGGACGCCAUGACGUUCCCAGGAGCAACAACCAGCAAGAUGCGAUCCCCUUGGGAUGUUAGCGAGGACGAGAACGAAAUCAAACUACGAUUCGAUAUGCCAGGACUUGCCAAAGAGGACGUUAAAGUCUCGGUGGAGGACGAGGAGCUGGUGAUCAAAGGGGAGAAGAAGGCGGAGCAAGGGAAGGACGAUGGCUGGCAGAGCAGUUCCCAUAGUGUAUACAGCACCAGACUGCGGCUCCCGAAUGGCUGCGAGAAGGACAAAGUGAAGGCAGAGAUGAAGAAUGGAGUUCUAAACAUUUCCAUUCCCAAGGCCAAGGUUGAGAAGAAAGUGAUCGAUGUGGACAUUAGUGGAUAAGAGCCUCCUCCAUUUUAGGAAUAGAUGAGAGGCUUGGUUUCCAAUUCGGCGUGGAACUGUCCAUCCCGAUCACAAGAUUCUCCAAUGAUGUCUUCUUCGCUAAAAGCUCCUGAAGCUGCUGUUUUGAGAUGACAAC